UCUCUCUCUCGUUUGGAUUGUUUGAACCACUGCCAACUUCUGUCCCCAAGGACAUGGCUUAUCAUGUCUGGGGGUAAAAUAUCAAUUAAUUGCAAAUCAGCUUCCAGUUUUGUCCGGUAGCUUCUCUUUAUUUUCUGCAACUAAACUACAAGGUCAGGAGCCAUGCUUUUUAGUUCAUUUAUUCACUAACACCACGCUCUGCAUAGACAUCUAACACUUCCAGAGUACACCUAUGCGAAAAGACCCCUGGUGAAUGAAACAGGAUGGGGGCUCAUGGUGAUCUUCCAGUGGAAUGAAGAAACCUCCAACAAGGGGCUUCGAGGUAGGAAGAAAACACCUGUGAACAAAGAGAAGGGGUGCAGAGGGAAAAACGGGAAAACAAGAAAGACAAGCAAAAGUAACAAAGCCAGAGACUGAAUGGACUAAAAAGAGAAAAAAUCAAAAGCAAACAAGCAAUAAAAGAGGUGGACAAAAACAAAGCGAAAAUCGUGUGCCAAUGGUGGCGUUCACUGCAAGGGAAGACUCGUGGAGAGGCGAAGACUACAACCCCCAGAAUCCUCUGCGGAUCCUCCGCCCCUGGUUGUCAGUCUCCUAGGCAACGUGGGUAAACAAGAUGGCGACCUCCGGGAGCGAUCCCCAGUGGCCGAAGUUUAGCUCUCUCCAGAGAACCUCGAGCAGUUCACGAAGUGGAACCCAGUCUAUACUGUCGCGCUCAGAAAGACAGCCAUGGUCUUCAUUUCCCAUGGGGCAGAGACCGAAAAUUACCUACAGAGACUCCUCCUCCUACCUGCUCCAGGAGCUCAUUCAUCGGUGUCAGGAGUCAGACACAGACAUACCAGUAUACGAGGACAAGGAAGACGAGCCAGAGGUAGAAGACGAAGUGGAAUCCGAGGAGUCCUCAGAGUCCGAGAUGAUGAAUUUGGAGGAGGAGUUUGACGGGGUCCUGAGAGAGGACGUGGUGGCCGAGGCGCUGUCUCGGUUGGGGCGCUCUGGUUCCGGGACCGAGCAGGUCUACCUCGACCUGACUUUGUCGGGUCAGGACCUGGUCGACGUCAGCAUCCUCUGCGGGUACGUGCACCUGCAGAAGCUGGACCUCUCGGUGAAUAAAAUUGCAGAUUUGUCUUGUGUGAGUUGUAUGCCUUAUCUCCUAGAACUUAAUGCUUCUCAAAAUAAACUGACUGCGUUCUUCAAUUUCACGCCACCCAAAAACCUCAAGAAGGCCGAUUUUUCCAGCAACCAAAUUUCUGCAAUGGGCAAUUUGUCGGCAUACGAGGCUCUCACGACACUAAUUUUGGACAACAACGAGAUAGAAGAGAUCCGUGGGCUGGAGCUGUGCAGCAGCCUGACGCACCUCAGCCUGGCCCACAACAAGAUCGCGACGAUCGGCGGCCUGGAGGUGUUGCCCAUCAAAAUACUGUGCCUGAGCCAUAACCGGAUUGAGACGAUCACGGGCCUGGACGAACUGAAAUUCCUCCAGAUUGUGGACUUGUCCCACAAUCAGAUCAGCAGCCUCCAGGGCCUGGAGAGCCACGACUUCCUGGAAGUGAUCGACCUCGAGGACAACAAGAUUGCUGAGCUGAGUGAAAUAGAAUACAUUGAAAAUCUACCUCUCCUUCGAGUUCUCAAUCUUCUAAGAAAUCCGAUUCAGGAAAAAUCCGAAUAUUGGUUCUUCGUCAUUUUUAUGCUGCCACGAUUAACAGAACUGGAUGAGAAGAAGAUUAAAGUGGAAGAAAAGGUUACAGCAAUGAAUAAAUACAACCCUCCCCCGGAAGUGGUCGCGACCCAAGAUCACCUGAUCCACGUCGUCCACAGCAUGAUGCAGCCGCAGAGGAUCUUUGACAGCACCCUGCCCAGCCUGGACGCCCCGUACCCCAUGUUGGUGUUAUCCGGCCCGGAAGCCUGCGGGAAGCGGGAGCUCGCCCACCGCCUCUGCAGGCAGUUCAGCACCUACUUCAGAUACGGGGCCUGUCACACCACCAGACCCCCUUACUUUGGAGAAGGGGACCGAGUCGAUUACCAUUUCAUCUCACAGGAAGUUUUCAGCGAAAUGGUAAACAUGGGGAAAUUCAUUCUAACGUAUAAUUACGGCAACCACAGUUACGGAUUAAAUAGGGACACCAUAGAAGCUAUUGCAAGAGACGGUUUAGCAAGCUGUGUUCACAUGGAAAUAGAAGGUGUGAGAAGUUUGAAGUACACCUAUUUUGAGCCUCGAUAUAUCCUGGUGGUGCCCAUGGACAAGAAGAAAUACGAGGGAUACUUACGGAGAAAAGGAUUAUUCAGUCGUGCGGAGAUUGAAUUUGCUGUUUCCAGAGUGGACCCUUAUAUUAAAGUUAAUCAGGAAUCUCCAGGAUACUUUGAUGCAGUAAUCAAUGCAGAUGACCUGGAUGUUGCCUACCAACAGCUGAGUCAGCUCGUUAAAGAAUACCUUGGAUUGCGCAAGGAACCUGCCAAGACUUUGGCUCCAGGUGCAGGGGACCCCUCUAACAAGAAGACUCCCUCUGGGGUACCAGCGCACCUGGUUCCUUCCCCGAGGCGCCUGGCAAAACUGCAAGCAGAUGGCCGGAUACCAGAGCAUCUCUCUGGGAUGCAGGUGUAUGCACAGGUCCCGGAGAGCCAGGCCCUGGCUCCCUCCCAGAGCCAGGAGCUGAUGCAGGAGGGGGCAGCCCCUCCCAAAGAGCCUUCUCCCGACAGUCACGUCACUGCUGAGCCUCCUGCACAGCCCAGCUCCUCAGCUCUCAGUACUUCCCACAAGGCCCAGGAUUCUGCCCCAAACGAGAAGGCAGGGGAUGCUCUCCCUGAAAGUGAGGCCAGGGCCUCCGAGAUGGUAGCAGGUGAAGAAGGACAGGCGUCCACUCGGCACCCUGACCCGCCUCCAGUCCACAGCCCUCCGCAGGGCCGGGAUGAGGAAUCCGGGGAGGUCGGGGAAACUGCCCCCGCCCCACCCCCUUCUGAGCCUCUGCAGGGGCCUGGCCCCACAUCCCUCAGCCCCCAGAGAACCCAGGACGAGGAGACCGAGUCAGCCAGCCUGCCGCCACCAAGAGAGCGUCCGGACCCUGAUGGGGCCGAGAUGCCUGGACCAGCUCUGGGAGAUCCCCAGCGCCCUCUGGAGGAGGGAAGCCCCAAAGCCGCAGGCGCCCGGGUCACCACUCCUUACCCAGCACUGCCGCACCCCCAAGACCCAGCAAAGAGCAAACAGACCCAGGACACGGAAGACACAGCGAGCUCGCUUUCCAGAAGCCGGCUGGCUCCCACCAGGCUGCCCCAGCCUCGGGUCCUUGCCCCCCUCCAGAGCCGGAGGCCCACCCCCAAACUCCCCUCACCCAGCAGGGAGGAGGCUCCAGAAACAGCCUCAGAUCAAACCGUGAGGCCCUCUCCGAGGCCUCCGCCAGCCCAAGAAGGCGACCCCGGUAAACUGCCUCUCAUCAGCCCUCCCCAUCCCAAACCACCGCCACCCCCGAGCGCCCAUCUGGGCCACAGUCCUCAGCACGUCCAGGGAGAGACAGCCGGGGAGGUGAAACUCCCUCUGAUCAGCCCCCCCACGCAGGAGCCCGCCCUGCAGCCGGCCCCUGCCCCACCGCCCGAGGAGGGCGCUCCGGGGGUCAGGCUCCCUCGCCUGCCCUCACCCUCCGUGGAACGGCCGCCCCCUCGGAACUCCAGGGAGCGUCAGGAGGCUGGGCCUGCAAAGAAGAGGCCAGCGCCCAAAGCAGGCCGCGCCUCCAGCAAGAAGGUUCCAGAGAUGCAACCCUCACCGCCAAACCAAGAGCCGGUGCGGCAGGUGGGAGCUGCAAAAAAAAAACUUCCUGUGCAAAGGGAGACCCCUAAAGGACCAGCGCACCUGGAACAGGUGCCAUCUGGAAGCCACCAGACAGCCUCACAGCCACCGUCCCGGAGUGGAGCCACUCUCCCGAAGGGGGCCGCCCACCCGAGCCCCAGCCCCACUCAGGGGAACCUGAGAAGCCAAGGCCACACCCCAGAAAUUCCUGAGCCACUCCACGCGGAACCUAGGGGUCCCCAGACGCUGGAAGAGGAAAAGGAGAAAGCACAAUAUUCCAGAAAAAAGGCCCAUGCCAACCUCCCCCGAGACGGCCUGGUUCAGAAGGCAGCUGUGCCCCAAAAAGGGCCAUCUUUGAAAAGAGAGCGUCCUGUGGGAUUAUCUCAAGCAAGUAAAACCACCCUCAGCAGGGACCAGCCACCUCAGGAGGGUGAAGUUGCUCACGGGAGAACGCUCCAGAACGCAAAGGCCUCCGCAGAGUCCACACCGGCUGGUCCCGCUGCCACGGAGCGGCCCAGGAGAAAAGCGGAGGCUCAGGAGAGGGGACGGCAGUCUCAGGAGACAAGGCCUGCUGCAGACCUCCCGGGGCGGGACGGCCCGGCCCCCUCCCAGCAGCCUGUCCGGGAGACCAGUCAGGCCAGAGAGAGCUCUGUCCACAGACACAGUGCUUCCAAACAGCAAACCAAAGAGAAGCGCACCCGAAAACCUGGGGGAGCCCCACAGGGGAAAAACCCCACUGCGCCCCAGGGUUAGCCGUCUGCUGAGGAGCAGGGCGGCCGGCAGGGACGGCUGCGAGCGAGGGGCAGUCAGAGCACCGCAGUUUAACCGUGACAGUGGCCCCUGAAGAAGUGCUAGCCGAGAUGGGAGGCGGUGGCCUGGAUGCUGUUGGAGGGGACACGGACCUCCCCCUGCUCUUGGAGCCAGCCCGAGCACAGGCCGCCAGCACCGUCCAGCCAGCGGGUUCCUAGAAGCCAGCCCGUCUCUGCACCGCGGGGCCUCUUCCGCAGCUUGUCGUCGUAGCCUGGAAGAGCAGCAGCCCCUGUAAAGCGGUACCCCAGCCAGUAGUGCCCCUGCCCCCGCCAACUGGUAGCAUCGGACCCAGGGAUCUGUGUCAGCGAGCAGCCUGGCGUCAGACUCCCGCGGACCCCAACAGCAGUGCCAGCUCUGGCUGAGGCGGUGCGGUGUUGCCAUCCAGUUUUGUUCUGCUCAUUAGAAACAACUGCUUUUAGAUUAGCAAAUUCUCUCACGCCUCUUACAUCACCGAGGGGUCCAGAAGCAAGACCACCGAGAAAGCAAGCGUUUGCAGUUUCUGGUUUUUGGUUCACCGCCACCUUGGGGGGUAGAGGCCCCCACCCCCAGAGACUUCAAAUCCACAGAAGAUUUGUGGGAACCUUCUGAAGGGAAGAGGAAAAAUUCUUGUCACGUGUGACACCGUGAUCCAACGUUUUAGAUGCUAUCGGCCCAUAUUGCUUCAAACUUACCUCUGUUUGAAACAUAUUUCAAAAUGAAUAGCUUCCUCUCUCUCUGAACAGGAGCCUUGUGUAAAUUAGCUCAUGCCUUCAUUAUGCCGCACCAUCUGGUAGAACUGGUUAAAAGAAUUAGUGGGGUUGAAGUUCAGGCGAAUUGGUUUUUGUGUAUUCGUACCAUCAGGAUUCUCUUGCGGGCCGUGACAGGCGUCCGGCCCAGCCAGCUUCUGUGAAUGGCUCAGAAGGGGGUGGAAUAUCUCACUCAGCCAGACGGUGGGGAGGGCAGAGUGCGGGGAGAUUGGGGAGCAGUUACUGGGCAGAAGCUGGACCCUUGUCAUCUGCACUAUUUUUGUCAUCUACCGGAUCCUUAUCUCCUGGACUCUUGUCAUCUCCUGGGCUCUCAUCAAUUGUCAUCUCGCUCAUUUUUCUCCAUGUGGGCUUUCUUCUCUUCGAUGCAAGUGACUGUGUGUCAGUUUCUGCACACUAACACCUCUCAAGUUUCACAUCACAUUUAACAACGGGCAGCUCCCACUCCCAGAAAGCGAUCAACUCAAGUGUUCAUUCUUAAACCAGUCUACGCCGGCUGGGGACAGGGUCCUCUUUAGACAUCCCCAUUGUGCCCACUCCUAGAGUGUGUGGAAUCUGCCUACCCAGAAGAGAGGACAAUUGUGAGCAAAGCAACCAAGGCAAGUUUCAACUCUUAAAAAGCUGCAAGAUGUUUAUUGAAUGCUUAUUAUACUAAGUGUACGAUGGCAUGCAAAGUUGUGUUCAGCAUUCUGUAUUUUUAAAAUGUAAUUGACAACUACAUAACUGCCUGUAUAAAUGUGUCUUGUCUUACACAAAAGGUACGUGUCCACAAAAUUGAAUGUAUGUCACUGUUAUUUCAA